AAAGCACAACUGUUACUGCAUUACGAGAACAAGAGACCACAUGCAGUUGGAUAUGAAUUAUAAUGGCUGCCGCUAGUCGUUUUUUUUUACCUAAAUAUUGAUUGCUUUCCCAAUUGACUUUACAUAAAGCCUCUUUUCAUAAAAUGACAGUGUUAGGAAGGAAUUAAAUGAGAACAAUCAUCUAAGUAGGGCUGCAAACGAACCGAGCCGAGUAUGCGAGUGUUCAUGUUUGAGUUCAUUUAUCAUUAGCUUGUUCAAGUUCGGUUCAUGUUUGAUUCGAGCUUUAUUGUUUGUUUUCAUUGUUGGUUCGUUUAAUCUAAGGGUGUUUAUGUUCGGUUCAUGUUUGAUUCGUUUAAUGCUUAUCGAGCUUUAAACAAACAAGCCUUAACGAGCUAUGUUCAUGAACAUAUUUAACAAACAUUAUAUUGAACAAACAAACAUUAAAUUUAUUCAUGAACAUCUUAAACAAACAAUCUAGCAAAUAUAGACAAAUGUAAAAUGUCUUUUGUUCAUAAAAUUAAAUUUAUAGUAAAAGCAGUUGUCUAUUUAAAAUGAAAAUAUGAUUAAUCUAUUUAAAUGAAGCUUACAUGUUGCAUUUCUCUCCAUUCAAGCUUUUAUCGAGCUUAAUGUCGAGCUUGUUCACGAACUUCAAAUGAUGUUAUUCGUGAACAUAAAUGAUCGAACCGAAUGCAUUAGUGUUCAAGCUUGUUUAUUUGAGGGUCGAGCAUUUAAAAUGUUGUUCAAGUUUGUUUGUUUAGUUAGUUAAACGAUCACAAACGAGCUUUAAUCGAACCGAGCAUCGAGUAGCUCGUCGAACACUUGGUUCGCUUGCAGCCCUACAUCUAAGCUCCAGAUUCGUUUGGUAAAGCUAGCUAACAUAAAAAGAACUUCCCUCUCUUAUAUAUAGACAUCAAGAUGGCUCAAGAAACACACUAACCUUUCUCCUCCCAUCUCCUUAACAAAACCAUGGAUGAUUAUACAAAGACCCCAUUACAGCUUCCUCUCAUAGAUCUAUCUCAGCCCUUAACCUCUUCUUCACUAACCACACUUUCCCAAGCUUGCAGGGAUUGGGGAUUCUUUCACAUAAAAAACCAUGGCAUUUCCAAAGAUCUGUACACUAAAAUUUGUAUGUUUUCAAAAAACAUUUUGAAUCUCCCACUGGAUACCAAACUAAAGUUAGGUCCCUCAUCCUCUCUCAAGACCUAUACUCCACAUUUCAUCGCAUCGCCGUUUUUCGAGAGCCUUCGAGUCUCUGGACCAGAUUACUAUUCCUCGGCAAAGAGGUCAGGUGAUAUCCUUUUUGAAGCACCAAAUCCUGAAUUCUACAAAACAAUGCAGGAGUAUGGAAAAAAGAUGAUGGAAUUAUCAAAACAAAUCAUGAUCAUUCUCUUGAAGUGUUUGGGUGAUGGUUUUGACACAAAGUACUAUGAAUCUGAGUUCGGCCAGUGUCAUGGAUAUUUAAGGAUAAAUAGUUAUUCGCCGCCCGGGAAUGUAGAGUAUGAAGCAGUUGAAGGUCUUGGAAUGCACACAGACAUGAGUUGCAUAACAAUUUUGCACCAAGAUGAGGUUGGUGGACUUCAGGUGAAAGGAAAGGAUGGGAAGUGGAUAGAUAUAAAGUAUAGUGAAGGAGAAUUGGUUGUAAACAUUGGAGACUUGUUACAGGCUUGGAGCAAUGGCAAAUUUAGAUCAUCUCAACACAGGGUUGUAUUGAGGAAGCCAAGCAACAGGCUUUCCCUAGCUUUCUUUUGGUGCUUUGAGGAUGAGAAGAUGAUUGUGGCACCAGAUGUGGUAGAGAAAGAGAGAAUCUACAGGCCAUUUCUUUGUGGAGAUUACAUUAGAUUUAAGGUGAUUAGUGAGAAAGGAAGGUUUGACAAGGUUAAGUAUACCAUUGAUGAUUUUGCAGUAGUUGAUACUGCAUAAACUGAUGUAUAAGCAUUUUAUGUAGUUGGGAAAACACAGCACAUUUUCUUCAUAGAAAUUGUGACACAUUCUCCAUUGUAAUUAGUGAUAUUUUAGUUUCAGCAUUAUAAUUUCAGUUUUAAGAUGCUCCUCAGUUUAGUGAUUUGAUUAUAUAAUGCAAUUCUUAAAAGGUGAAAGCUGAAUAGUCAUGUAAUAAAGGGCAGUGGAGAAAGUGGAGCAAAACCUGAAAUGAGUGCAUUAAAUAGCACGACAAAUGUUAAGGUUUUUAACUGAUUAGAUAAUGAGUAAAGUUGAGGCUUAGUUCGGAAUGACUUUCUUAUUGUUUCUUAAAGCGAUUUUUUAGUACAAAAAAAUAAAAUUUUUGUACUAGAAAGCUGCUUUAAGAAGCAAUAAAAAACCGUUCCAAACGAAGCCUAAAUCUUA